AUGUCGGGCAUCACCGACUCUACCUCCAAAAUGCAAGUCGACGGCGUGGCUGCCGGCCAGUCCGAAAUCGACGAGUCCCUCUACAGUCGUCAGCUAUAUGUGCUUGGCCAUGAGGCCAUGAAGCGAAUGGGCGCUUCCAAUAUCCUGGUUGUCGGGCUCAAGGGUCUUGGUGUUGAGAUUGCAAAGAACGUUGCUCUUGCUGGCGUCAAGAGCCUGACUGUCUAUGAUCCUGCUCCUGUUGCCCUACCCGACCUCUCCUCCCAGUUUUUUCUCACUCCCGCCGAUGUUGGCAAGCCCAGAGACCAAGUCACAGCCCCCAGGGUAGCUGAACUUAAUGCCUACACCCCAGUCAGCGUCCACCAGUCGCCUAGUCUCGACGACAAUCUCUCCCAGUUCGACAACUAUCAAGUCGUUGUUCUCACCAGCGUCCCGAUUCUGUCACAAAAGCUCAUCUCCGACUACUGUCACUCUAAGAACAUCUAUGUCGUCAUCGCCGACACAUUCGGUCUGUUCGGGUCACUUUUCUGUGACUUCGGAAAGAACUUCACCGUGGUCGACCCGACUGGCGAGACCCCUACCCAUGGCAUUAUCGAAGGUAUCGACGAAGAGGGCCUAGUCUCCGCUUUUGACGAGACUCGACACGGUCUUGAGGACGGAGACUAUGUCACUUUCUCUGAGGUCGAGGGCUUGGAGGCCCUCAACGGCUGUGACCCCAAAAAGGUGACCGUUACUGGACCUUUUACCUUUUCCAUUGGCGACGUCUCAAGCCUGGGCCAAUACAAGCGUGGUGGUAUUUACCAGCAGGUCAAAAUGCCCAAGCUUCUUGACUUCAAGAGCUAUACGGAAUCUGUCAAGGAGCCCGAGUUCCUCAUCUCCGACUACGCCAAGUUUGACCGGCCUCAGCAGCUCCAUCUUGGGUUCCAGGCUCUACAUGCCUUCCAGGUCGCCAAAGGCAGGCUCCCUAACUCCAUGGACGAUGACGACGCGGCUGUUGUAAUCGGUGCUGCCAAGAAGUUCGCCGAGGAGGAAAAGCUCGAGAUAGAAGUGGACGAGAAGCUUCUCAAGGAACUAAGUUAUCAGGCUCUCGGUGAUCUCUGCCCCAUGGCCGCCUUCUUUGGUGGUGUUGCAGCCCAGGAAAUUCUCAAGGCUGUCUCAGGAAAGUUCCACCCGAUCAAGCAGUGGAUGUACUUUGAUUCUCUUGAGUCUCUUCCCACCUCUGUCAAGCGUACGGUCGAGUCGUGCAAGCCCAUUGGCAGUCGAUAUGAUGGCCAGAUUGCGGUCUUUGGAAAGGAGUACCAGGAUAAGAUUGCAAACUUGAGGCAGUUUCUCGUUGGCGCUGGCGCUAUCGGUUGUGAAAUGCUCAAGAAUUGGGCCAUGAUGGGAUUGGGAUCGGGCCCCAACGGCAAGAUCUUUGUUACCGAUAACGACUCGAUUGAGAAGAGCAACUUGAACCGUCAGUUCCUCUUCAGAGCCGCCGAUGUUGGUCACAUGAAGAGCGACUGUGCCGCUAAAGCCGUGCAGCGCAUGAACCCUGACCUCGCAGGCCACAUUACGACUUUCCGUGACCGUGUUGGUGCCGAAACCGAGGACGUUUUCAAUGCCGACUUCUGGAACGGCCUUGAUGGCGUCACCAACGCCCUGGACAAUGUCGAAGCCAGAACCUACGUGGAUAGACGCUGCAUCUUUUACCGCAAGCCUCUGCUCGAGAGUGGCACUCUGGGAACCAAGGGCAACACUCAGGUCAUCCUGCCCAACAUGACGGAAUCUUAUUCUUCUUCCCAGGACCCCCCUGAGAAGGAGUUCCCCAUGUGCACAAUCCGCAGUUUCCCGAACCGUAUUGAACACACGAUUGCCUGGGCUAAGGAGCACAUGUUUGAGCGAUGCUUUGUCAACGCCCCUCAGACUGUCAACCUAUACUUGACGCAGCCCGACUAUUUAAGCACCACAUUGCAGCAGGGUGGAAACCAAAAGGAAACCCUGGAGACUAUCCGCGACUACCUGACGGCGGAUCGGCCCAGAAGUUUUGAGGACUGUAUUGCCUGGGCCAGAAACCUGUUCGAGGUUGAGUUUGCCAACAAGAUUCAACAACUCCUGUACAACUUCCCGAAAGACUCUCUCACAUCUUCCGGAAUGCCUUUCUGGUCUGGGGCCAAGCGUGCGCCUGAUGCUCUGAAGUUUGACGCUAACAACCCUACUCACUUUGGAUUUAUUGUUGCCGCCGCCAAUCUUCACGCUUUUAACUACAACAUUAAAUCUCCGGGCAACGAUAAGGCACUCUACCUACGCGAGCUCGAAAACGUCAUUGUCCCUGACUUCAGUCCCGACGCUAGUGUCAAGAUUCAAGCCGACGACAAGGAGCCUGAUCCAAACAAGGACGUUUUCACUGAUGAGGAUGAGCUGCAAAGCAUAACAGCGUCGCUGCCGUCUCCCAGCAGUCUAGCAGGCUUUAAACUGCAGCCUGUUGAUUUUGAAAAGGAUGACGACUCAAACCACCACAUCGACUUUAUCACAGCAUGCAGCAACCUACGUGCCGAAAACUACAAGAUCGAGGCCGCUGACCGACACAAGACCAAGUUCAUCGCUGGCAAGAUCAUCCCUGCCAUUGCCACCACGACGGCCCUUGUUACCGGCCUCGUUGUCCUAGAACUGUACAAGGUUAUUGAUGGCAAGGACGACAUUGAGCAGUUCAAGAAUGGCUUCAUCAACCUGGCGCUGCCCUUCUUUGGAUUCUCCGAGCCGAUCGCGAGCCCCAAGGUGGAGUACACCGGUCCCGACGGCAAGGUGGUACUAGACAAGAUUUGGGAUCGCUAUGAGGUCAAUGAUAUUACGAUCCAGGAGCUCGUCGACUUUUUCAAGGCCAAGGGUCUAACAGUGCUCUCGCUCAGCCACAGUGUCAGCUUCCUGUUUGGCGCAUGGAUGCCUACGGCCAAGGCGCGCCUCCCGCUCAAGAUUAGCGAGGCCAUUCAGCAGGUGACGAAGAAACCUGUACCGGCGCAUAUGAAGGAGUUGAUUGUAGAGGCGUUGGUGGAGGACGAGAAUGAGGAGGAUGUUGACGUCCCAUAUGUCAAGAUCGAUUUCGAUGCGUGGAUGUCUGCUUGGCCCGCUUUCUCUUUUUGUCGAGCGGUCACUACCAACUAUCAAGCUCAUCCGCCCAAGGCUCGCAAAGCAAAGCAUCCCAGUAUACCCGUUUCUCCCCGCAUCCGUUUCUCCCGGAGCGACUACUACAACACCCAGCUCUCCUCAGCUCCGUCAUCACCACAGCGCGGGGUCAUCAUUCCGUCUCCAAGCUACCCCUCCGUUGCAAGUUCCGUUUCCCCCCUACACGAAGCGUUUUUCUACGCAACCCAUAAAAAUGAAACCCAUCAGUCCACGCCCGCCAAAAUCACCGACUGGGUCGACCGCAGCGACAAGUCGGGCGAGUUCAAGCGCCAGGUCAGCUCGUUCCGCGACCACAUCUCGCGCGCGCCCGGCGCCCAGUAUCCUCCCGAGAAGGAUCGCUACCAUCUCUUUGUCUCCUACGCCUGCCCUUGGGCCCACCGUACACUCAUUGCCCGCAAGCUCAAGGGCCUGGACAAGUUCAUCACAUUUUCCGUCGUGCACUGGCACCUCGGCGAGGGCGGGUGGCGGUUCGUGACCAAGGACGAGAAGGAGCCCGGCGAGAACGUGGUGCCGGACCCGAUCCCUGGUCACGAGGAGUUCACGCACCUGCGCCAGGUGUACUACGAGUCGGACCCCGGGUACGCGGGCCGGUUCACGGUGCCAGUGCUGUACGACAAGAAGACGAAGCGCAUCGUCAACAACGAGAGCAGCGAGAUUUUGCGAAUUUUCGGAUCGGAGUUUGACGACUUGCUGGAUGAAGAGCACAAGGGCAUCGACCUAUACCCCGAGGCGCUCCGCGGAGAGAUUGAGGAGGCGCACAAGUGGCAGUACGACCUCAUCAACAACGGCGUGUACAAGUCGGGCUUCGCGACGACGGCCGAGGCCUACGAGGGCAACGUCGUGGCCCUCUUCGAGGCGCUGGACCGCGUCGAGAAGCACCUCGGCGGCCAAAAGGACGGCCUGUACUACUUUGGCAAGACGUUGACCGAAGUCGAUAUUCGUCUCUACGUCACGCUCGUCCGGUUCGACCCCGUGUACGUGCAGCACUUCAAGUGCAACAUCCGCGACGUGCGCUCCGGCUACCCGGCGAUCCACGCGUGGAUGCGCAACCUGUACUGGAAGCUGCCGGCGUUCGGGGAGACGACGCAGUUCGAGCACAUCAAGUGGCACUAUACGCGCAGCCAUACGCAGAUCAACCCGCUGUCGAUCACGCCGGUCGGGCCGCUGCCGGACAUCUUGCCGCUGACGGAGGAGGUGCCGGCCGUUGCUGCGGCUCGCAAAUGA